GCGGGCAGGGCCCCGUGUGCGGGCCCGCCCCUGCUGCCGGCGGGCUGUGCCCGGCCGCGGUCUCCGCAGCGCCCGGCGGAGCCAGAGCUGUGCGGGUCGCUCCUCGGCUCUGUUAACUUUCGUGAUGAGCAUAAAAAGAUGUGCCAGGUUGUGGGUGUUUUAGGGACAAAGGACUGAAAAAAAUCCUCUUAAGUCAUCAAAUCCAGCUGUGAAAUCCGGGUCGUGUCUGAGUUGUGCUUUCUGCAACCUUCGCAGGACUCGGCUGGAAGAUAAGUGCUUUCAGUACGUGCUGGCCAGAUCAUUUUGUUUUUUGUCCCUGCACCUCAAAAGUGACACACAUGUUUAGGUGACUGACUACAGGAGCAUCAAUCAAAAUGCCUAAUCUCGAACAUCCAGCGUAUCCAGCAGCUACACUGCUUCGCUUGGAAAGUUUGGUGCCUUGUCGUGAAUCCCAAGUGUCCAUGUUGCUGUCAAUAUUUGGAGAGCGUCAACAGUUUACUUUUCCGUCCAUCUUUAUAUAUGGACAUAAAUCUAGUGGAAAGACCUAUGUCAUGCAAACUCUUCUGAACACGUUACAGCUUCCUCAUGUGUUUGUGAACUGCGUGGAAUACUUUACUUCAAGACUUCUUUUAGAAGAAAUUCUCAUCCAGUUGCAGAACUGUUCUUCUGAGACAAAACAUGCUUCUCGUAUGCUUUGUGAUACUUUCAAUGACUUUGUACGUCUGUUUAAACAAGCUGUUGCUAGUCAAGAUCUUCAGGAUCAAACAUUAUACAUUGUACUGGAUAGAGCAGAGCAGCUAAGGGAAAUGGAGGCAAACAUCCUGCCAGCAUUUCUUAGGCUUCAGGAAUUGUACACCUGCAAAAAACUUGCAGAAAGGAAGAAUGAAACAUCAGCUUCCCAGACUGACAGAAAUGUGACAGUUGUCUUGCUCAGUGAAAUAGUAUGGGAGCUCUUCCGUCCAAGUACUGGAUGCUUUGAGCCAUUCACCUUAUAUUUUCCAGAUUACAGCAUAGGGCACUUGCAGAAGAUCCUGUCUCAUAAUCAUCCUCCAGAAUAUUCUGCAGAUUUCUAUGCUGCAUACAUUAAUAUUCUGCUUGGUGUCUUCUACAUGGUCUGCAGGGACCUCAAAGAACUUCAGCAUCUGGCAGCGCUCAAUUUUUCUAAAUACUGUGAACCAGUGGUCAGAGGAGAAGCAAAUGAACGUGACACCCGCAAACUCUGGAAAAAUAUUGAACCUCAUUUGAAGAAGGCAAUGCAGACUGUUUAUCUCCGGGAAAUAUCCAGCUCACAGUGGGAACGCUUACAGUGUGCUGAUGGAGAACCUGGGCAAUUGAAAGGACUUUCUGCACAUGCACAUGUGGAACUUCCUUACUACUCCAAAUUCCUUCUGAUAGCUGCUUACCUUGCCUCCUACAAUCCUGUUAGGACAGAUAAGAGGUUCUUUCUUAAGCAUCAUGGGAAAAUUAAGAAGACCAGCUUUAUGAAGAAACAUGAAAAGACCAGCAAUCAUCUCCUUGGGCCAAAGCCGUUCCCCCUGGACAGAUUGUUAGCAAUAUUAUAUAGUAUUGUGGACAACAGAGUUGCUCCAACUGCAAAUAUAUUUUCCCAGCGUCCCUUGCUGGCCUUUUCAAGAGGCACCAUACUGGAUCAGGAGGAAUCUUUGUUGCAUGUGAUAGUACUGAUGCACUUCAGUGAUAUCACCUCACUUGUGACACUCCAGCUGUUAGCCUUGGUUGGCCAUAAUGACCAGCUUGAUGGGCCCAGGUACAAAUGUACUGUAUCUCUGGAUUUCAUCAGAGCUAUUGCAAGGACGGUGAACUUCGACAUAAUAAAGUACUUGUACGAUUUCUUGUGAAAACAAGCCUCACAGCCAUAUGGACACUGUGACAAUGACUAAGGCAAGCUGUGUUCCUCUCUCUACUUAGCUGGCCAGAAAGAAGAGUAUUUUGGCUCUUUUGGAUUUGUCCAAACAGGUGCUGGCCCAGCAUGGAAUCUGAUGAAAAUACUCUGAUUGGUCUAGGUGGAUCUGAGCGGAGGACUAUUUACCAGGGACCCUGGAGUAUUUGGAAGCAAUGUGUUAAUUAUAAACAGCAGGGUUUGAGCACAAUCUGUUCUACUCUUAAUGAUGUUAUCUUAACACUGAAAUUGCCUGAAACCCAUUUACUUAGGACUGCAUUUUGCUCUAUGAACUCUCCCCAGUGCUUUGAACAUGGCAGCAGCCCUUGUUUGUAUGCCCAGUCUUUUCACUUCCUCUCCACAGGAAUCUUUGCAAUUGCCUGCCAAAGCAGCUUUUCCCGAGGCCACCAUUUUAGGAGAGUGGAGUAGCAAAAUACAGUAAACAUAAGAACAUAUUUAAAAUCAAGCUGGUAUCCUCCUUUCUCUUCAGUCAUGUGUAGGCAGACUGUUACACUGUUACAGGAGGAUCACAAUGAUAGGAAACUCCCCAAUUUAUCAGCAUACUGUCUCUUUUCAGACCAUUCAUAAAUGCUAGCUGUGAAUCUAUUUUUACUGAGAUUUUUUUAUUUAAAAAAUCGUUGACUCUUACAAUUCUAACCAGAUGUCGAACUUUAAAGGUUCUGUUUUUAUUUUAAGACUUGGUAAUCCUUUUAAGCUCAUCUGGUUUUACUGAGUGCAAAUUAUAGUGUUUUGAUUGAACACACUGUUGUGUGUUUUUAUAUGUGUAUCUAGUCUGUAGGGGAGGACAGCACAGCUACCUAUCUAUCAGGCAGGUAGAAAUUCAACAGGUGAUGGAGUGUCCGUGCAGCAGUACCCUAGAAGAGACAGAAUAUUGAAUAAUCAGUGUGUUGUCAUACCAUGUAUCUUUGACUGCAGCACCCAGGUAAGAGGAAGACGUAAACAUUAAUUUGAAAUUGAAUAUCAGGCUAUGAACUUGAUCUAUGCAGAAAGUAUACUCCAAUUAUAAAUUGUGUCUAGUUUACAAGUAGAGGAUGCCCAACUGCCGCUACUGCCCAGUUAAGGACAAUUUUGGAUAAAGAGUGUGGAGACCUGUUCUUUGUGAAUCUGAAGAUUUUUGUCUCCCUCUUGAAAACCAAAGGUUCCCCAGUGUAUUCCUCAGAUACUGUGCUCCUAAGUGCUGACCUUUGACUGUCUGACAGUACAAGACCACGCUAUGUUGACCAUUCUGGCUUUUUUAAAGGAAAAAUACCCCCGUUGAUCUCGGGUAAUGGAAAUGGUCAAAUACCGCAGAAUACUUGUAGCUGCUUUCUUCAGUCGUGAAUAUGUGGCUGAGCUUCUCAGUCUGGAUUCAGACCCAAAUGUACGAGUACCAGGUGAGUCAAAGCAAAAAAAGCCUCUUUCUGGCCAAACUGUCGUUUCCCCCCUCAGGAGAAUGUGAAAGGGCAGGAAUGAGUCAUCUCCGGGAUCUUCCCUUCCUACCGCUGAGCUGCAUCAAACCCUGCACCUGUCCAUGAGGUGGCAACAUUUGUCACACUUGCUGAAGUACUUGGAUGCAAAUACUUGACCUGCCUCAGAAUGUUUAUUGCCUGUUAUUGUUUUACUAAUAAAAAUGUAUGUAAGAUGAA